AUGGCGAGCGCAACAGGCAUUCCCCCGCGGCCACCGGCACGCGAGUCCAUCGUCGCGUCUGAGGCGGAACCACUUCUUGGGAAACCCGGGGACGCAGUCUUGCCCGCGGGAGCGAGUAUCAUGAGGACCCUUGUGAUUGGAACCGGCAUCCUCGCCCAGCUCGGCGUCAUCAUCCUCUGCGCCGACCUCUGGGCACACAUCUCCUCCAGCCCGCUCAUCUUCUUCUCCGGCCACCCAAUUGCCAUGUCCAUCGCCAAAUUCACGCUCACGCAGUCCGUCCUCGUCCAGCAGCCCAUCUCGGGCGACACGCCUGACCAGAAGCGCGUCGGCCAAUACGUCCACGCUGCACUCAACCUGCUCGCCUUUGCGGCCCUCGUUACGGGCAUCGUCUUCAUCGAAGUCAACAAGUUCCGCAGCGGCAGCCCGCAUUUCCACGUCGCCCAUGCCUUCCUGGGCGUGUCUACGCUCGCCCUGCUCGCCGGCCAGUACGUCGUCGGCUUCACCAUGUGGCUUACGCCGCGGCUGUACGGCGGCGAGGAACGGGCCAAGUCACUGUACAAGUACCACCGGUACGUGGGUUACUUUGUCCUGCUGAUGCUCUUGGCCACGGUCGUGAGCGCCAUAUUCACCGACUACGUGCAAUCGGUGUUGCGCCUUAGCUUCUGGACGACGUCUCUGGGCGCCGUCUUUGUUGUCAUGGGCGUGUUUCCGAGGAUCCAGAAGCAAAAGAUGGGACUCAGGCAUCCCCGCAACGAGCGCCCUGUCAAUGACUCUGACAGUGCGACUGAUUAA